AUCAGCGCGAUAUCUCACAUUCGAAAUUGGAAGCGUAGCCAAAAUGAUAUAUCUACAUGACCAAUUCUGUACUGCUCACUCGAUCAUAGAGAAAAAACUGCCUAGGCACGAAUGUUCAAUUGGAAUGUUUGAUAAAGAAGGAUCCUAUGGACCUGUUCGUUAAAGUUCUUAGCAGGUACAAAGGAACAGCUUGUUUGUGCGUCCACCGUUAACAAUACGAACUGAUGUCGACUGAUUUUGGUAGUAAUUGCCAUUAGUUUCAAAAAUACAAGUCGAUACGAAUUUAUAAACCACGCACUAAGCGCGGUAAGUUACAUUCAGAAUGUGGGGUGCAUUUCUGCUUGUCCUUAGUAUCAAUCUCCUUCGGAGCGGUGUUGCGGUCGAGCUAGCGUUCGAGCUACCAGACAGCUCGGUGCAGUGUUUCUACGAGGAGGUUUUAGAAAGAACAAAAAUUACGUUUCAGUUCCAGGUGCUCUACGGUGGAAAGCGCGACGUCGACCUUGUAAUCACUGGCCCGACCCAUCUGGAGCUCUACAAAGAUAAAGAGAAACAGUUUAACUCCAUAGUAUUCAAGGCGCCAAGCACUGGAGUAUACAGUGCAUGUUUCUCAAAUGAAUUUUCAACGUUCAGCCACAAGCUCGUAUAUAUGCAUUCUAUGCUUGGCAAAGAUCCGCUAUUAAACAAUGAGGCGGCAGGUAAUCAAACAGCGACUGCAGCAGUAACCAAGAUGGAGUAUGCGAUCGGCGAAGUUCGAACGAACCUCAAUACAGUUACCGAGUACCAAACCUGAGCUCGUUUACGGGAAAAUCAAGCCCGAAGAACUGCACGAGAUCUUAAUUCGCGGGUAAUGUGGCACUCGACAAUUCAGUCAUUGGCCAUCUGCUCGAUAUUUUUUGCUUGUGUCCAUAUUGUAAAGAGCUUCUUUAGUAAAAAAGGCAAUAUUCGGUAGAGAAUGGUACAUACAUACUUCGAUGGAAAAGUGUCAGUGGUUGAUUAAUUAAUGAGUGAGUUGACAAUUCACGCAUAAAAGAAAGGCCGCAGUAACAGUUAAGUAAAAGUUAGCACUAUUCGGGCAGACGUAUUUUCAGUGAAGGUUUCAACAUUGGAUUAGUCUAUGUGAUAAUGUAUCUGACGUAGGUCUUAGACGAACUUCUAGUGUACUACGAAUACCAACGUACAAGGAUCUUCGUUUUGAAUACAAAACUAUCACGUCUCAUUUUUCUAGAAGUACCAAUAGAAAUAUCUUGUAGUAAUAAGCGUAAAUAUAUGAACAGGAAGCUGACAUAAAAGUUCAUUCCUUCGUUAGGAAAAAUACGUGCUAACGGAAACAAUGGUCAAUUGAAAAGGAAACAGCUGGGAAAACAAGAUUACUGUGUGUUAAGUAUCUUCUAAUGUAGGGUGUGCGGGAAAAUAUUUUGAUAUUAGAAUGCUCUAGUUGCUAUACGCACGUUUACUUGGACAAAAGCCAAUAGCUGAUUGUUACAAAUUGCAAAGUCUUGUAUCAAAAAGUAACUAUCCUUGAUAAGUUAACGUGUGCAGCAAAAAAUUCAGUGUGAGUGGUGAAUGCAUAAACUACAGGCUGUUAGCGGAACGGUGGUUGUCCACGAAAAACGAUCCUAUUUCAAGCGCAUCCAGGAAAAACAUGGCUCAAGUGUUGGAUUUGCGUGUUUACCAGUUAGCUAAUACGGUCUCUAAUAGUGUACACGUGUGCAACGCAGGUCUCAUAGAACAGAACUUGGGCGGGUGUACUGUCUCUUUGGUUGACGAACCCUUUAAAAAAAUACAUGCAUUUGACAGUGGUUGAGCUUGCGGUCGAAGGGUACACAAUUUGACUGAUUACGACUAUAGUUCCAUUUACUUCGCUAUUAGAUACGCUUUGGUAGACCAAACUUAAAAUAUCUGGUACUAUCGAAAGUAUAACUAAAUGGUUUCGUUGAGCACUGCUGGGAGUCCGGUUUCUCCAGACAAGGUUGAAAUAUAGGAAUUUCUUCAUGCAUUCUACAAGCAUUAAAGCAUUUAGUGACCAUAUACGUCUGCGCGACGGUUCUACCAGGCUGAGGUUCAAGCUCAAGUUGAAGCAUUAAAUACUGGAAUAACCCAUGCGUUUCGCCAUGAAAAAAGUUUACCUAGGCAUGAUUCGACUUAAUUCUUAAUAAAAUAAUUGCGCUCUCGAGUGAAGUUACAACGAUUCUAUAUCCCGCAGCUAAAAGGUCAAACGACUGUAGUCGCAGCCGCGAAGCUUUUUUUUUCUGUAAUUUCGAUAGCCAAACUUCUUACGCCUAUUGUUCACAGUGAAUGUUACCGUGAUCGAAUAUGCAUGCGUCUCUGUGUGCCAACAACCCAUUAAUAAAUCCGCUUAAUGUGUGUCGUAUUUUGUUAUUCUGCACUCGACCGUAUAGGGUAUUCAUGGAAGCCUAGACCCACUGG